AUGAACUUGCAUCAAAGGAAAUAUGGUAACCUUUGUAGUGAUAAUUUCAGAUAUAAAAAUGGUCCUUCAAUAGAAUAUAAUCUGGAACAAGUUAGCUUUGUGCGGAGACUAGCUCAUCGAUUGCGUCUGGCUGUUUUCGAGGGAGGUUCUGAUGAUCCAGAUGAAAAUGCGGUGCUUAAAGAAGCCAUACGAGCGGCAAUAAGAAAGGGUAUGAAAGCCACGAAAAUUUCAAAAGUAAUAGAGAAUUUAAAUAAAUCUCUGAACCCUUCACGCACUCACAUUGUUCAACUGCGCCUUGGAUUGAAAGUUUGUGCCAUCAUCACUGCAAAUUGUAGUUCGAUGCAAAAAUUAACGUCCAUUUUACAACCUCUCCUGAAGCGACAUAAGGCGACCUUUGAUAAUGUUUUGCCAUUCUUCAACUACGAAAAUAACAUUGAGGCUAUUACGUAUGACAAAAUUGAGCGUAAUUCAGACGAUUUGGCAAAGAAGUUAAUAAAUGAUGGUCUAGCUUGUAAUGCAUAUGCUGUGCGAGUUGUGGACUACGAAACGGGUGCUGUGAGUUUUAAGUCAAACACAGUGCAAUUAUCUUCUACUUGUGAAAGUCUGAAGAAUAUUGGUUACCAAAUUUUGCAUUUGUAUUGCAGUUUUGCAGCAAAAGCACAAGUUCGCUUGAAUGAUCGGGAAAAUGAGCGCUACUUUAAAUUCCUUACUAAGUUACUAGAAAUACCAGAAGUUCUUAAGGUUACCGAUAAUGUAGCUUUAAAUUAA